AUGUUGCCGGGCGGCUUCUUGGGCGGCAGCUGGCCUGGAGAGAAGAUGCCGGGCGCCCGGCCGGGAGUUCAUCGCGGGCUGGAAGGCGGCGCCGAGAGUCUGCUGGUGGAGGAGGCGUUGGAGCUGUGGACCAACAGAGUCUGGCUGAGCCACGUCAACGCUGCUGCUCGGCGCCACAAGGCGCUGACGCGUCUGGAGAAGCUGCCGCACGUCUGGAAGACCUCCUUCCAUCUGACGGGGGUUCUGUCGAGGACUCUGACGGAGACGCUGCUCGGCGCCGAUGCUUAUGGCGCCGAGUCUCCAGAACUCCUGGAGCUGGAAGACGAAGAGGAGACAGAGGAGGAGGAAGAAGAAGAAGAAGAAGGAGGAGGAGGAGGAGGAGGAGGAGGAGAAGAGGAGACAAAAGAGGACAGAGAAGAGAAGGAGAUGGAAGAGGAAGGGAAGGAAACAACGGAGGACACGAUGAAAGACAGCGAGGAGGCGGAGGAGGAGGAAACAACAACCGCAGGAGAGGGAAAGGACACAAUCCAAAGUGUGGAAGACAGCAAGGAGACAGAGGAGGUAGGGAAGGAAACGACGACAACAAAAGAAGGAAAGGACGCAAUCAAAGACGGCAAGGAGACAGAGGAGGUAGGGAAGGAAACGACGACAACAAAAGAAGGAAAGGACGCAAUCAAAGACGACAAGGAGACAGAGGAGGAAAGGGAGGAGACGAGAACAACAAAAGAAGGAAAGGACGCAAUCAGAGACUGCAAGGAGACAGAGGAGGUAGGGAAGGAAACGACGACAACAAAAGAAGGAAAGGACGCAAUCAAAGACGACAAGGAGACAGAGGAGGUAGGAAAGGAAACGACGACAACAAAAGAAGGAAAGGACGGAAUCAAAGACGACAAGGAGACAGAGGAGGAGGCUCGGCCGGAGAAAGAGGAAAGGGACGAAGCUCUGGGAGACGAGAAGGAGACGAGAGAGGACGCUAAGACGCUGGAGGAAGACAGCGAGGAGGAAGGAAAGGAGACGGAGGAGGACAGGAGGGAAGGGAGCAAGGAGAGACGGGAGACGAGGAUAGUGAUCGGAGAGGAGGUGGGCGAUGAGUGGAAGAUAACGGUGAAGAGCCGCGGCGCCGAGGGAGACGAAGACGAAGAGGACCUCUAGACGUCUUUUUCGACCCGUUCGUUGCUUUUCCGACCAAUGUGUUUGUCUGCACCUUUUGACGUUUUGCACCCCCAUGUUUUUUUAAUUUGAUGUUUUUUAAGAUUUGAUUUUGGGGGGGUUGCAUUUUAGGCCUCUAACAGCUCGGACGAUGGCGCUUUGCCGCCACAGGAAACAGAGAUGGAGGCUUUUCCGACCUGAGCCCUUGUGGGACCGUUGUGUGUUUGGAUGUGGAUUUAAACACCCCCCCUGCCUUUUGAAGGCAGGUUUCAACAUCACACAGACUUUUCACCCUUGUGUUGACUUCGGGUCAAAUUGACCAGUUUUAAAUUUUAGUUUUACAGUACAGGCCAAAAGUUUGGACACACCUUCUCA